ACACAAUACAUACACACAACCAUAUUUCAAAAACACAUUGGAUUUUUUGUCAAGCUGUCAACGUGAUUUCCGGAUUCUUUCCUUUUCAAUUUAGAGUUCAAGAUGGCUCGCGGUCCAAAGAAACAUUUGAAGCGUUUAAAUGCCCCAAAAGCAUGGAUGUUGGACAAAUUGGGUGGUGUGUUUGCCCCACGUCCAUCAACCGGUCCACACAAAUUGCGUGAAUCAUUGCCACUUGUCAUCUUCCUUCGUAACCGUUUGAAGUACGCUUUGACCAACGCUGAUGUGACCAAGAUUGUCAUGCAACGUUUGAUCAAAGUUGACGGUAAAGUUCGCACUGACUCCAACUUCCCAGCUGGAUUCAUGGAUGUUAUUACCAUUGAGAAAACCGGCGAACAUUUCCGUUUGAUCUACGAUGUUAAAGGUCGUUUCACCAUUCAUCGUAUUUCAGCUGAAGAAGCCAAAUACAAGUUGUGCAAAGUCAAGAAAGUACAAUUGGGUGCUAAAAACGUUCCAUUCUUGGUAACACACGAUGGCCGUACCAUCCGUUACCCAGAUCCAAUCAUUAAGGCUAACGACACCAUCCAAUUGGACAUCGCCACCACCAAAAUCACCGACCAUAUUAAAUUCGAAUCAGGCAAUUUGUGUAUGAUUACCGGAGGUAGAAAUUUGGGUCGUGUUGGUACCGUUGUGAACCGUGAAAGACAUCCAGGUUCAUUUGACAUUGUUCACAUUAAAGAUUCGCAAGGACACGUAUUCGCCACCCGAUUGUCAAACGUUUUCAUCAUUGGCAAAGGUACAAAGGCCUACGUGUCAUUACCUAAAGGCAAAGGUAUCAAAUUGAGCAUUGCUGAAGAACGUGACAAACGUUUGGCUGCAAAGAGUGCACAUUAACAUUUUUCUUAUCUCCUCAUUACGAUGAAAAAAAAUCACUGAAUAAAGAAAAAAUGUUAUUACAAUAAAA